AUGUCAGAAGAUUAUAUUAUCAAACCAGAAAAUGUUACUCCAAGUAACGAUACUUCUGAAUGGCCAUUAUUAUUGAAGAACUAUGACAAAUUAUUAGUCAGAUCCGGUCAUUACACUCCAAUCCCAUCUGGUUGUUCUCCUUUGAAAAGAGACAUCAAAUCAUAUAUCUCAUCAGGGGUUAUUAACUUAGAUAAACCAUCUAACCCAUCAUCUCACGAAGUUGUUGCUUGGGUUAAAAGAAUUUUAAGAGCUGAAAAGACCGGUCACUCUGGUACUUUAGAUCCUAAAGUCACCGGUUGUUUAAUCGUUUGUGUUGACAGAGCCACUAGAUUAGUUAAAUCUCAACAAGGUGCCGGUAAAGAAUAUGUUUGUAUUGCCAGAUUACACGAAGAAUUAAAAGAUGAAAAGGACAUGGCUAGAUCAUUAGAAAACUUGACUGGUGCUUUGUUUCAAAGACCACCUUUGAUUUCAGCUGUUAAAAGACAAUUGAGAGUCAGAACUAUCUAUGAUUCCAAAUUAAUUGAAUUCGACAACAAAAGAGGAUUAUCUGUUUUCUGGGCUUCCUGUGAAGCUGGUACCUAUAUGAGAACUUUGUGUGUUCAUUUAGGUAUGUUAUUAGGAGUCGGUGGUCACAUGCAAGAAUUAAGAAGAGUCAGAUCAGGAGCUAUGAGUGAAAAUGACAACUUGGUCACUUUACACGAUGUCUUAGAUGCCCAAUACGUUUACGAUAAUACCAGAGAUGAAACCUACUUGAGAAAAGUCAUUCAACCUUUAGAAACUUUAUUAGUUGGUUACAAAAGAGUUGUUGUCAAAGACUCAGCCGUCAACGCUGUUUGUUACGGUGCCAAAUUAAUGAUUCCAGGUUUAUUGAGAUACGAAGAAGGUAUUGAAUUAUACGAUGAAGUCGUUUUAAUGACCACUAAAGGUGAAGCCAUUGCAAUUGGUAUUGCUCAAAUGACCUCUGUUGAUUUACAAUCUUGUGAUCAUGGUGUUGUUGCCAAAGUCAAGAGAUGUAUCAUGGAAAGAGAUACUUAUCCAAGAAGAUGGGGUUUAGGUCCAAUUGCUCAAAAGAAAAAACAAUUGAAAGCUGAUGGAAAAUUAGACAAAUAUGGUAGAGUCAACGAACAAACACCUGAUAGCUGGAAGAGUGAUUACAAAGAUCAUGAUGAAGAACCAGCUCCUCCAGUACCAGCCUCAAAAUUAGAAGCUCCAGAAAUUCAAUACCCAAAGAAAUCCGUUGAAGAAUCUUCUGAAGAAAAAUCCGAAAAGUCUGAAAAAUCCGAAAAGAAAGAAAAGAAAGAAAAGAAAGAGAAGAAGGAAAAGAAAGAAAAGAAAGACAAAAAGGAAAAGAAAGAUAAGAAGAGAAAAGCUGAGGAUGAAGAAUCCCCAAAGAAGAAAAAAUCUAAAAAGGAUUAG